GCAGCUGUUGACUGAAUCUAAAAGUUUCCUGACUGAGCCAUGAGUAUAAAACGUGGCGGGYUUGAGUUGCUGAGUUUCUGCUUGGGGGUGCAGGACAGGAAAAGACGAGCUGCAUGAGUGACUCGUGUCUCCCGGGGGGAGGUCUCCCCUCAGCUCCUGUUGAUGCUGCGUCAGAUGAUGCGCCGCGGCGCUCUGACUAUAAAAGCACCUGUCCUGACCAGACAUCAYUCGCAUCCCACUUCUUCUCUCCACGCGCACUCCACCAUCACUCCCGAACUCCACGCAGACACACUUUUUUGUUGUUCUCUCCCCUGUAGCUACAGCAGAGGCCAGGACUCCAGAGGAACCAUGAGUUACUCCAGCGAGAUUUACAGCAGCAGCUCCUACCGGAAGAUUUUCGGAGAAGCCCCCCGGAGCGGCCGCGUGGGUCUGGGCAGCAGCCCGUCCCGCCUGCACCCGGCGGGAUACCGCAGCAGCCACCGCACCUAUGGCUCCCCCUCCGUCGUGUCCUCCACCACCUACCGCCGGAGCGCGGCGCCCGGCCGCGUCUUCUCCUCCAUCCCGGACUCGAACGUGGACCUGACCCAGUCCACCGCCGUMACCAACGAGCUGAAGAUCAUCCGCACCAACGAGAAGGAGCAGCUGCAGGGCCUCAAYGACCGCUUCGUGUCCUUCAUCGAGAAGGUGCACAACCUGGAGCAGCAGAACAAGGUGCUGGAGGCGGAGGUGACGCUGCUGCGCCAGCGCCACAGCGAGCCCUCGCGCCUGCACGAGCUCUACGAGCAGGAGAUCCGCGAGCUGCGGGCGCGCGUCGAGGAGCUGACGCACGAGAAGAGCCAGAUGCACCUGGACUGCGUGCAGAUGAGCGAGACGCUGGAGCGCGUGCGGGAGAAGCUGGAGGAGGAGAGCAGGCUGCGCGAGGAGGCGGAGAACGCCCUGAAGGGCUACCGCAAGGACGUGGACGACGCCACCCUCGUGCGCCUGGAGCUGGAGAARAAAGUGGAGUCUCUGCUGGACGAGCUCGCCUUCCUCAGGAAAGUUCACGAGGAGGAGCUGCAAGAGCUGCAGGCGUCCCUGCAGGCCACGCAGGUGUCAGUGGAGAUGGACAUGAGCAAACCGGACCUGGCCGCGGCCCUGAAGGACAUCCGGGCCCAAUACGAGAACCUGUCAGCCCGGAACCAGGUCCAGGCAGAGGAGUGGUACCGCUCCAAGUUUGCCACUGUGACCGAGGCCGCGGCGCGCAACCAGGACGCCAUCAAGCACUCCAAGGAGGAGCUGAGUGAGUACCGCAGACAGGUGCAGGCCCGCACCCUGGAGAUCGAGGCCCUCAGGAGCCACAAUGAAGCCAUGGAGAGGCAGAUCGCCGAGAUGGAAGAUCGCCACAACAACGAGAUCGGGGAGAUGCAAGACACCAUUCAGCAGCUGGAGGCCGCUCUGCACAGCACCAAAGGAGAGAUGUCCCGUCAUCUGCGUGAAUACCAAGACCUGCUGAAUGUCAAGAUGGCUCUGGACAUUGAGAUCGCUGCUUACAGGAAGCUGCUGGAAGGAGAGGAGUGUCGCCUCAGCUCUGUUGGCGGCGUCAUGGUCCAGUCCGGGUACACUGGCCUGUCCUACACGUCGGCCCGAUCCUACGCCCUCGGAGCUUACAGAAAGCCCAAACCCGAAGAGGAGGAAGAGGAGGCCGGAGACGAGGAGGAGGAGAAGGAGGAAGAAGAGGAAGAGGGAGAGGAGGAUGAGGGCGAGGUUGAGGAGGGAGAAGGAGAGGAGGGAGACGAGCAGGAGGAGGGAGAGGAGGAGGAAGAGGAGGCUGGGGAGGAGGAAGAGGAAGAGAAGCCGAAGGAGAAGGAGGAGAAACCGAAGGAGAAGGAGAGCUCCACCGGGAAGAACAGCAAGAGCUAAACUGCUUGAGUCAUCUUCAUCGUCAUCAUCAAUAACUCAUUCCACAUCCCACCAAUCACUGAUGGAUCUGGUUCCUGUUCACCUCACCUCUGUCUCACACCCACCCACACACACACACACACACACACACACACACAC